AGCCGAAAUCCCCACAUCUUAACCCUAUCUCUCUCCCUGCCCUGAUCCCCACUACCGCCGAUGUUGUCAGAGAAACAAUCUGUGGAGCCCUUCGAGGCCAUGGAGGCUGCCAGGCCAUCAGCCUCCAUGUCGAAGGAAUCGGAGCCCGCCGGCGCUAGGGGCAUCACCGCCACCACACCAUGGGGCGCCCACGAGACGAACAUACUGUUGGUCCGCCUUGCCCCACACAAGGCGCUUGACUAUGUCAUCAUGCACGUUGGCUCCCGCAGCUAUGCCUUCGUUCUUUUCCGCUCCAUCACCGAGUCUCGGUCCUUCCUCGAGGCACUUUGUGCGUCCAAGGUCAAGUGCACCUUUAUCUGGAUCAAGUUCGUCCGGCCGAGCUAUUAGGAACCUAUGUGUUGGAGGAAUCAUUUCAUCUAUAUCAAAGCAGGAGGUAGAUGAAGAGUUUCAAAGGAUUGGAAAGAUUGAACGUGUUGAAUUAUCCAUUGAUAAAACUUUUGCAUACAUCAACUCUGAGUAGCUGGAAGAUGACAUUUCUACCUAUAAACCUGUGGAUGGGACAAAUUUUAGGGGCCUCAUGAUGCAACAUUCCUCUUCGCCGUAUAGUUUGGAGGGACGGGUCAAAUCCAUAUGGGUUAAUGAAACAUGCUUAAUAAAACAUUAACAUAAACAACAAUGUGCCUACUUGUAUGGUGUAAAGAAAUGUUGUAACCACACUCACAUAAAGUUAUGAUUAUUUGUGUUGUUGUCGAGA